UUUAUAUUUGCUGUUUUAAACACUUUCUAAGCGCGUGUACUUUGGCCACGCCUCCUCAUCAGCUGACAGCGCGCGUGACACACUGGGCUCACGGACUUCCUACGGAACACAAGCGCGCGGACCGAAUCAUAGUAAAAGUAUGUGAAUUAAAGGUUGUUUUUAAGUGUAAGGGUGGGAUUUCGGGAGAGAUGCCGUCCAAUAAGAGUGUCUCAGAUGCCCCGAUCACACAGUUUGUGAACUGUAGGAUCCUGAAGGACCACAGACUGCAAUGGGAGGACUUGUGGGUUCGCGAGGGCAAGAUUUUGAACCCAGAGAGGCUGUUCUUCGAUGAGGAGGGUUUUGCGGACCACAAAGUUGACUGCGAGAAUAAAAUCAUUGCACCUGGAUUCAUAGAUGUACAGAUAAAUGGUGGAUAUGGCAUUGACUUCUCCCAGGCCAGCAGUGACAUCAGAGGGGGCGUGGCUGUGGUGGCCAAAAAGAUUCUAGAACACGGUGUCACUUCCUUCUGCCCGACUCUCGUCACGUCUCCACCAGACAUAUACCACAAGGUCCUUCCUGAGCUCGGAGUUCAGGAUGGAGGCCCUGAAGGAGCAGGAGUUUUAGGUAUUCAUCUGGAGGGGCCGUUCAUCAGUGAAGAGAAGAGAGGCGCCCACCCUCCGAAGUUCCUCCGCACUUUUAAAGCCGGGGGCGUGGCCGACCUGAUGGAGACCUAUGGCCACCUGGACAAUGUCGCCAUGGUAACACUCGCACCAGAACUGGCCAAUAGCGCGGCUGCAAUCCGUGAACUGUCAGGAAGGGGCAUAGCGGUGUCAUUGGGUCACUCGAUGGCUGAUCUCUCUCAGGCUGAAGAGGCUGUGCAGAAUGGAGCCACAUUCAUUACACACUUAUUCAAUGCCAUGUUGCCUUUUCAUCACCGGGACCCGGGCAUUGUGGGAUUGCUUACAAGCGAUCGUAUUCCACCAGGUCAGAAUGUUUACUAUGGUAUGAUCGCAGACGGGAUACACACACACCCUGCAGCGCUGCGCAUCGCCCACAGAGCUCAUCCCGCAGGGUUGGUGUUGGUCACUGACGCUGUGACAGCGAUGGGUCUCCCUCCGGGCCGACACUCACUCGGACAGCAGCAGAUUGACAUCCAGGGGCUUCACGCAUAUGUUGCAGGCACUACAACUUUGAGUGGCAGCAUUGCAACCAUGGACAUGUGUGUGAGACACUUCAGAGAGGUGUCAGGUUGUACUGUUGAAGCCGCAUUAGAGGCUGCAUCGCUGCAUCCUGCUCAGAUGCUGGGCGUCAGUCACAGGAAGGGAACGCUGGAGUACGGCACAGAUGCAGUUAUGUUGGUUGUUUUGUAGAUUUUGUAGUACUUGAUGACACACUGACAGUCAGGGAAACCUACAUUGCUGGACAGCGGGUCUGGAGGAAGUGACAUCAUCUGGACUAUCUUCUGCUGGAAUGAUUGGAGUUUUUUCUCUUUGGUUUGGAUCACCAAAAAGACUCAUGAAUGCAAAACACAUAAUUCUCUCUAAUUUCAUUUAAUUUUGUUGAUUUAAAACUACUACAUUUAUAUAAGCACUGUUAUAUUAUGACACUCUUCAUGCUCAUGUACUGUAGCUGAAUGCAUCUUCGGAGCAUUUCAAAAAGUGCCAGAAUAUCACAUAUUGUGUCUUUGGAUGUGUGUUGCUUUGAAAUGCAGGACGUCAAACACAACUUGUUCAAAUAUGACAAAUAAAAGUAAAUCUCAAGGGUUCAGUUCUUUCAGUAAUAACCUACAUAUUUCAGUGCUUCCAAUCUAAUGUGAAAAUGGACAAUUUAAUCAACUGAUCCCAAUGUUCUGUUCUUUUGUCAACAUUUUUAAGGUUUUCUCUUAUUUUUCAGUGUAAUAAUGUUUCAUUACUGAUCGUUUUUUUGUAAGUCUGAAUGUGGAAAACGCAUAUGAUAUAUGUAUUAAAGAUAUCCAUCUUA